AAUAAUUUACGGACGGAGGAACCAAAGGGUUUUGUUCUAAUUUUGCAGAGAUGGAGGAAGAAUUGCUCUCCGCCGUGCCGUGCUCCUCCCUCACCGUUGAAUCAGUUAUCCGCGUGGCGACGGCCGGUGGACUAUACGGAUUGUGCGCCGGACCUCGUGAUGCUCGUAAAAUAGGUUUAAGCGGCGUAUCUCAGGCUUCCUAUGUGGCGAAAUCCAUUGGCAGAUUCGGAUUUCAAUGCGGUCUUGUAAGUGGUGUGUUUACUAUGACCCAUUGUGGGCUUCAACGAUACCGAGGCAAGAAUGAUUGGGUGAAUGCUUUGGUAGGAGGAGCUGUGGCUGGAGCAGCUGUUGCUAUUAGCACAAGAAACUGGACUCAGGUUGUUGGCAUGGCUGGCCUCGUAUCUGCUUUUAGUGUUUUGGCUAAUUGCACCAGGACUGAGCCCAAACAACAAUAGUUAAGGUCUUAGACAAGUCAUUCAUCAAGACACUGUGUAAUUGGAAAGUGAAGAUCAAUACCGUGACUCUCCUCUUUUAGUUGGCUGAACCGGUGGAUGGUCGUUUUUCUAUGGACCACAAUUUUGGUCUUGUUCUGUAAUCAUGUACUCGAAUGACACAGAGUCCGUCGAACCCAAAACCAUAUUUGCAUCAGUGCUGAUUACUGUAUUUUAAUAGCCAUGUUGUUUCUUAGAAAAGCCAGUUUAAACUGACUAGUAAGUAUAGUGUUCACUCGUAUUCAAAUCCACCAUUUUUAUACUUCAAACAAAGUUUAAAUUUA